GAGGAAACCAUCGAUGAAUAUAUUGACAGUCCAAAGAGGACAAGCGCUUUGGGACAACAUGACGACAAUUAAUGAGGUUGGAUCAAUAGGAAAAACUAAAAAGCCAUCCGAUAGUGCAUUCAAGCAACAGCGAUUACCAGCGUGGCAGCCGAUCCUUACAGCUGGCACCGUUUUGCCAACCUUCUUUAUAAUUGGCAUAGCAUUUAUCCCAGUUGGCAUAGGAUUAUUAUACUUUUCCGAUGAAGUGAAGGAACACACUAUAGAUUACACAAAUUGCGAGUCCAUAAAUAAGACUCGUGAUACCGGUAAGAAGUGUGCCGAAGUCAUCGUUGAGAAUCCUGGUUUAGACUGUUAUUGUAAAAUAGAUUUUACGUUGCCCAUUGACUUUGCUGGAAAGGUGUACAUGUAUUAUGGAUUAACUAACUUUUAUCAAAAUCAUCGGCGUUAUGUUAAAUCUCGUGAUGAUAAUCAGCUUUUGGGAAAAUUAAGCGAGAUAGUCUCAAGUGAUUGCGAGCCAUUUGCGUACAGAGAACCAAACGAUACAAAGAUCCCAAUAGUGCCUUGCGGUGCAAUCGCCAAUUCGCUUUUCAGUGAUGUUCUUACAUUAUAUUCGGUAAAACACGGCGAGUAUGUAUCGCUGCUUAACACAGGCAUUGCUUGGCCAUCUGAUAAGAAUAUUAAAUUUCGUAAUCCGGAAGGUGAUUUGGCAGAGGCAUUUAAAAAUUUUGAAAAGCCAAAGAAUUGGAAUAAACGCAUCUAUGAAUUAGAUCCCGAUAACAAUGAAAAUAAUGGCUUCCAAAACGAAGACUUAAUAGUGUGGAUGAGAACUGCUGCGUUGCCAACAUUCAGAAAGCUUUAUCGAAGAAUCGAUCAUAUGAAGGAGGGGUUUACCGAUGGAUUGCUUGCUGGAAACUACACUCUUCAUGUUAAUUAUUCUUAUCCAGUAUCUGCCUUCGAAGGGACAAAAAGAAUGAUUCUCAGUACCACGUCUCUCUUAGGUGGAAAGAAUCCAUUCCUUGGAAUCGCCUACAUAGUUGUAGGAUGUGUUUGUUUAGUCUUGGGUAUAGCACUGUUGGUUGUACAUGUCAAAUGUUCCAAGAGCAGACUAAUAUAAAGAUGGAGUCCAGAAAGUAUGGUUAGGCCUUCCUAAUUGUUCUUUACAAACGAGAUGAUCAACGUAUCAUGCAAUACGCCAUACCAGUGAGCUGGAGCUACAGGUUCAUCAAAUGUCUAUUUCGAACCAAGUGAACCUUCAGCGACUUUGGUUGUGCAUUUAGAGAAUAGAUCGUAAAAGUAUUUUACCAAUAUUGAAAGUUGUACAGUUACAAGCUGAUACAGGUACUGUAAUCGUACACUUUUGAGCACCUUUAUCAUGUAUAAUCACAAAGCAGUUUGUGCUAGUCUAACGAAGUAGGUACGAUUUCUAUGUGCAACUUCCACGUAGUUAUGUCUCCUCGAGAUAGCCUGAGAACUCGGCAAUUUUAUUCAACCAUCAGCUUCUUAUUAUUACAUUAUUUACGGUGGAACGUUACUAUUUGGAAGUUAACUCGAAAGUGUUCCAUUCGGUAACGUCUGGCAAGCUGAAUGCAAUAUAAUUGCACACGAUUUUCAGGUUAGCAUUUGGAAGCCCAGCAAUCAUAUACAUAAAGUAUUUUUUAUAAACAAAACCACACAAUACAGAAUGUCUGCCCCCAUCCGAUACGUGAUACAGCGAUUACAUAUUUUCCAAGCAAAGUGUAAUAUAGAGCAUCUGGGAUGUCCGACCGUUAUAAAAUAAAAUCUAAUAUUAAAUAG